AAAAAGUGAAACUAAAGUUACACUUGAGAAAAGCCAUAAAUCUAUUCUAAAAAAAUUACCAGAUGUAGUAUCAGAGCUACCUGCCAAAGCGAGUAUACUAAAAAUCUCUCAACCUAAAAAGAACAUGCUGGUCAUCCCAUAUGAUACUCAUACUCCUUACAUCAGUGUGAUUUUAAAAGAAUAUCCCUAUCUAUUUUUGUAUAAUAGUGACAAACAUAAUGAUGCAUAUGAAUUAAAAUUUAGGCUUAUGUUUUAUAUGUGA